GCGGCAGCGGCGGGGCCCGGGAGGGGGCCGGGGCCGGGGCCGGCGCGGGGGUGGGCGGUGCGGGGGCGGCAUGAGGGCCGGCGGCCCGGGGGGCUGAGGCGCCCGCCGCCUGCCGCGCGAGGUGCGCGCGUCCUCCAUGGAGGCCGGAGAGGAACCGCUGCUGCUGGCUGAACUCAAGCCUGGGCGCCCCCACCAGUUCGAUUGGAAGUCCAGCUGUGAGACCUGGAGCGUGGCCUUCUCCCCAGAUGGCUCCUGGUUUGCCUGGUCUCAAGGACACUGCAUCGUCAAGCUGAUCCCUUGGCCGCUGGAGGAGCAGUUCAUCCCUAAAGGGUUUGAAGCCAAAAGUCGAAGCAGCAAAAAUGAUACGAAAGGACGCGGGAGUCCAAAGGAGAAGACACUGGACUGUGGUCAGAUUGUUUGGGGUUUGGCCUUCAGCCCGUGGCCUUCUCCACCCAGCAGGAAGCUCUGGGCACGCCACCAUCCCCAAGUGCCAGACAUCUCUUGCCUGAUCCUUGCCACAGGGCUCAAUGAUGGACAGAUCAAGAUUUGGGAGGUGCAGACAGGGCUCCUGCUUUUGAAUCUUUCUGGCCACCAAGAUGUUGUGAGAGAUCUGAGCUUCACACCUAGUGGCAGUUUGAUUUUGGUCUCUGCAUCACGGGACAAGACUCUUCGAAUCUGGGACCUGAAUAAACACGGUAAACAGAUUCAGGUGCUGUCGGGCCACCUGCAGUGGGUUUACUGCUGCUCCAUCUCCCCCGACUGCAGUAUGCUGUGCUCUGCAGCCGGAGAGAAGUCGGUCUUUCUAUGGAGCAUGCGGUCCUACACACUAAUCCGGAAGCUAGAAGGCCAUCAAAGCAGUGUUGUCUCUUGUGACUUCUCCCCAGACUCUGCCUUGCUUGUCACAGCUUCGUAUGAUACCAACGUGAUUAUGUGGGACCCCUACACUGGCGAGAGGCUGCGGUCUCUCCACCACACCCAGCUCGAGCCUGCCAUGGAUGACAGCGACGUCCACAUGAGCUCACUGAGAUCCGUGUGCUUCUCUCCUGAAGGCCUGUACCUUGCCACAGUGGCCGACGACAGGCUCCUGAGGAUCUGGGCCCUGGAGCUGAAGGCGCCCGUUGCAUUUGCUCCCAUGACCAAUGGGCUUUGCUGCACGUUCUUUCCACAUGGUGGAGUUAUUGCCACAGGGACAAGAGAUGGCCACGUCCAGUUCUGGACUGCUCCUAGAGUUCUGUCGUCACUGAAGCACUUAUGCCGGAAAGCCCUUCGAAGCUUCCUGACAACUUACCAAGUCCUAGCACUGCCAAUCCCCAAGAAAAUGAAAGAGUUCCUCACAUACAGGACUUUCUAAGCAAUGCUGCACAUCUCGUUUUCUUUGUAGCAGAAUAAAUCUUCCAGGCAAAGGAACCGCUGGAAUGAUAGGCCAAACAUCUGGUCUUGGAUUGAAGUAGAGGUUCUUUGGGAUUGUGACUACACGUAGCCAGCUGGCCUCCAGUGGACUCAUGGUGGAUCUCUUCCUCUGUG